CAUUUACGCCACGUGCUCGUACUACAAGGAGGUUUAUAACCUAACCUCGAGUCCAUUUAAUUAUUACUAAUUUAGGUUUAAACCUACAAUGGGUAAACCGACGCGUAAUUUGAAAAGAAAACAAAACCUAGUAGAUUCUAAAAUUGCCGAGAUUGAAGAAGUACCACAAGCUAAUGAAAGGGAAUCCGAUGACGAGCCGGAUUCGGGACUCGAAGAUCUGCUGGCAUUAGACUUCAAAAACAAUGAUCAAGAUAGCACGGAUGGAGAAGGUGAAUUGAACGAGGACCAACCUUCGGAUACUGAAAGAGAAGAGGUUCUUUUUGGAUCCGAUGAUGAAAGUGAAGAAUUAGAAUUUUUAACGGAUUCUGAGGAAGGUAAUGAAUCUAAAGAUGCUUCAGAGUCCGAAAAAGACACCAAUUCAGAUGGAAGUAUCGAUUCUGGAGAAUACGAAGAUGAAAGUGAUUCAAAUGUUGAUGAUUCCAUAGAAAAUUCUUAUGGUAACGAUAGUAAAUCUGAUGAUAAAACUGUAAAAAAAUCAUUGAUAAAAUCUUUUAACGGUAAUGCUAAAACAAUGAGCAAUAUUGUUUCAAAGAAGGAUAACAAAGAUAAUAAAAAGGAUAUAUCCCAAACUCGAAACAGUACAGUGGAAAGUAAACAAAGUAGUAACAAAAGUAACGCUAGUAAAGUAGGUAAUGUUAAAAUCAACAAAGUGACCAUUAAGGAACCCAAUAGCAAAAACAUUGGUAACGUACAGGAGGAUAAAAUAAUGUCCGAUUGGAUAAAUAGUAGCCGGCAUAAUGAAUACGAGUAUGAUAGUUCCGACGAAGAGGACAUCCGCAACACCGUUGGUAACAUACCAAUGAAGUGGUACGAAGAUUAUCCUCAUAUUGGAUAUGAUUGGGAAGGCAAAAGAAUCAUGAAACCUGAAAAGGGGGAUCAGUUGGACAACUUUUUAAAAAGAAUGGAGAAUCCUGAUUUUUGGCGAACCAUAAAAGAUCCUCAGACUGGUCAAGAUGUGAUUCUCAGUGAAGCUGAUAUAGAGUUGAUAACAAGAAUUCAAAAGCAGAAAAUUCCUGAUGUUCAAUUUGAUGAGUAUGCUCCUUGGGUGGAAUGGUUUACAUCAGAAGUGAUGAAAAUGCCUCUUCGGAAAUUUCCUGAACAUAAACGAUCGUUCGUGCCUUCAAAGCCAGAAGCUAAAAAAGUAUCAAAGUUGGUUCAUGCUCUAAAAAUGGGAUGGAUAAAAUCUACCGCAGAAAUGCAAAAAGAACGGGAACAGAAGAAAGGAGAACACAACUUUUAUAUGCUUUGGGAAACGGAUGACCAAGAAGAAGAGAUGCGAAGAAUUCAUAAACAUAUUCCAGCACCGAAAAGGCAUCUGCCGGGCAAUGCUGAGAGUUACAAUCCACCCCCGGAAUACUUGUUUGACAAAAGGGAACUUAAGGAAUGGAAUAAACUGAAGGCAACACCUUGGAAAAGGAAAUUACAUUUUAUACCUCUUAAAUAUAACUCUUUGAGGGAAGUUCCUGCCUAUCCUAAGUAUGUCAAAGAAAGAUUCCAAAGGUGUAUGGAUCUUUACUUAUGUCCCAGAGCUAUUAAAAUGCGAUUGGCGAUCAAUCCAGAAGAUUUGGUGCCACAAUUACCCAAUCCAAAAGAUCUGCAACCAUUCCCAACUACGAUGUGCAUGGUAUUUAAAGGUCAUGCCGAUAUGGUUAGAAGUAUAUCGGCUGAAGCUAAGGGUCAAUAUAUUGCUUCUGGCAGCGAUGACAUGACGUUAAAGGUGUGGGAGGUAGCCACGGGUAGAUGUAUAAAGACAGUGCCAUGUGGCGGAGUAGUUAGAAGUGUGGCAUGGUGUCCCAAUCAAGCGAUAUCCUUAAUCGCCGUGGCAGCGGAUCGAAAAGUGCUGCUGAUUAAUCCUGGAGUUGGAGAUCGUUUGAUUACUGGUAAAACUGACCAGCUUCUUGAGAUAAUUCCUCAAAGUGAUGCUAUAGUGAGCGAACGAGUCAAGACCGCAGUACAGUGGGAACAAGCAGAAGGUGAGAGCCGGCAGAAUGGUAUUAGAAUAAUUUUGAACCACUUCAAGACUAUACAACAGGUCACAUGGCACGCCAAAGGGGACUACUUUGCUACGGUCAUGCCCGAUGGGCAAAAUAGAUCGGUCUUGAUCAACCAGUUAUCGAAAAGAAGGUCUCAAGUACCUUUCAGCAAAGCCAAAGGAUUGGUUCAAUGCGUACUGUUCCACCCUAUACGACCCUUCUUAUUUGUGGCGACACAACGGAACGUGAGAAUAUACGACUUGAUGAAGCAAGAAAUGGUUAAAAAAUUACUUUCCAACUCUCAGUGGAUUUCAAAUAUGGCCAUACAUCCAGGAGGAGAUAAUUUACUGGUGUCCACUUAUGAUCGUAAAAUGCUCUGGUUUGAUUUGGAUUUGAGCACAAAGCCAUAUCAAACUUUACGAUUACACGGAACUGGAGUACGCGGAGUCGCAUUCCACAAACGUUAUCCUCUCUUUGCUUCUGGCGCCGACGAUCGAGGGCUCAUCGUAUCACAUGGGAUGGUUUAUAACGACCUUAUGCAAAAUCCCCUGAUCGUGCCACUAAAGAGAUUAUGCGAUCACGAGUUAUUCAACGACUUUGGAAUUUUGGAUGUCGCAUUUCAUCCUGUUCAACCCUGGGUGUUCUCCGCUGGAGCAGAUUCAACGAUACGGAUGUAUUCCUAAGUUUGACAGAUCUUUCAAAAUACAGUUAAACGUGAUGACCCGAAUAAAAUUGAGGGAGAUUUUCGAGUAAUUUGAAAGUGAUUCAAGCCAUUGGGCAAUGCAUGUUUAAAUUAUAGUUUAUUGCUAUUCAUCGUAGAGACAUAUGUAUACGAAUAUAAUGUAAUCGUUUUACGUCGCUUACUACGAUGAUGCCAUCUUAAUACAUAGGAACUUCUACGUUGCGCUAAA